AUUAAAUCCCGCCCAAUUCGGUUGCCGGUCGGUUUUCGUACAUGAUUUUCCCAAGCUCCUAAACAGAGGCUCUUUCCAACACCUGCUAAACCUCGUCAGCCCACCAGCACCGAGCCAUUGAUACGCACGACCGCCACGGUUGAUCGCAAUGGGCAUCUGGGAUACCAUCACCGACCUCGUGGAGGCCGCGACGCCAUGGAGCACCGCCGAAGCCGAGGCGCCGGCUCAGGAGGAGCAGGCUGCCGCGGAGGAGUCACCCGAUACCAAGGAGGAAGCUGCUGAGCCCGAGGCCGAGGAGGAACCCGCGGAAGAGGAGGAGGAAGAAGAAGAGGAGGACGAAGACGAGAUUGUCGACCCGAAGGAGAAACUUGAGGAAGAAUGCAAGGAGUCCAAGCAAUGCGCACCGUCCAAGCACCACUUCGAUGAAUGCGUCGAGCGGGUUACGAAGGGCUCGGACGAUGGAGAGGCCGGCGAGGACUGCGUCGAAGAGUUCUUCCACCUCGCCCACUGCGCCAGCGCAUGCGCUGCGCCCAAGCUUUGGUCAGUCCUUAAAUAGGCGCCAGGCGACUCGUGGUGCCGCCUCGGUGUCGACAUCAUCAGCACAGACCUUUCGGCGUUGGCAUUGCAUACAUGCUCCUAGAACAAUCCUAAAUAGACAACGAGGCCGAACAGCUG